GUGCUUGAUGAAUGAUGAGGUUCGAAAAAUUGGAGUUUGGGGGAUGGGGAGUAGGGAAAACAAGCAUUAUGAAGCAUAUAAACAAUCAGCUCUUGAAAGAGACCCACAAGUUCGAUGUUGUGAUUUGGAUCACUGUAUCAAAGGAGAUGAGUCUUGCUAAACUGCAGAAAGACCUUGCAAGUAAACUUGAUGUAAAAUUUUCUGGCAAUGAAUGUGAAACAACAAGGGCAGGGAUGUUGUUUGAAACAUUGUCUUUCAAGUUCAGUAGGUUUGUGAUCAUCUUGGACGAUGUAUGGGAGAAGGUUUCCUUUGAGCAGGUAGGAAUCCCUGAGUCAUCUAAUGGGAGUAAAUUAGUGUUAACAACGCGAUCACUUGAUGUGUGUCGACAUGUGGGUUGUAAUAGAGUAAUUCAAAUAAAGCCUCUUGCAGAAGAAGAGGCAUGGAACUUGUUCUUGGAGAUUGUAGGUGGGAAUAUUCUAAAUAUUCCAGGAUUGGAACCAGUUGCAAAAUCAAUAACUAAGCAUUGUGCGGGUUUGCCCUUGGGAGUAAUAGUUGUAGCUGCUUGUAUGAAGGGACUUGAUGACCUUUUUGAAUGGAGGAAUGCGCUAAAGGAACUAAGUUUAGCAAGACAAAGUGUUAAUGGAUUGGAAGAUGAGGUGAUCCAACAAUUGCGAUUUAGUUAUGAUCGUUUAAAGGAUCAAAAACUUCAACACUGUUUCCUCAACUGUGCCUUAUAUCCUGCAGAUUUUGCAAUCAGAGAGAUAGAUCUUGUUCAUCUUUGGAUUGCAGAAGGGCUUGUCGAAGAAAUGAACAGUAGGCAAGCAGAGUAUGACAAGGGUUGUGCAAUAAUGAAUAGACUCAUAAACAACUGUUUGUUAGAAGUUCCUACGGAAACGGAAACAGAAAAUGGAAGAUGUGUAAAGAUGCAUGAUCUUGUAAGGGACAUGGCAUUACAUAUCACAUGUGGAACACCUCGAUUCUUGGUAAAAGCUGGCAUGAGAUUAACGGAGCCACCAGAUUUGCAAGAAUGGAGAAAAGACCUAGAAAAAGUUUCAUUGAUGGAGAAUUGGGGGUUACAGCUUCCCUAUCCUUUGGAAAUAUCGCCACCAAAGUGUCCGAUGCUCACAACACUAUUGUUUUCCGGUUGUAACAUACAAAGCAUUCCAGAAGGCUUCUUCAAGCAUAUGCACGGACUCAAGAUUCUUGAUCUUUCUGCAAAUCCUAUCAAGAAUCUCCCAGAUUCCAUUGCUAAUUUGAAGAACCUCACGGCGCUAUUGCUUCGUCAUUGUCGAAGUUUAGAGAAGGUGCCAUCAUUGUCAAAACUUAAAGUCUUGAAGGAGUUGAAUCUUGAAGCAACAAGUAUCAAGGAAAUCCCUUGUGGGAUGGAAAACUUGUUGAAACUCAAAUACCUGAAUUUGAAUGGUAUAGGAGACCUACAUGAGAUUCCUGAUCGAGCAUUAUCAAAACUUUCUUGCCUUCAAGACUUGAUUGUUGGUGAAACAUUGAUAAGUGGAGAAGAUGUUGGUGGAUUGAAGAAACUGGAAAUUCUUAAAGGGAGGUUUUACGAGUUGCACAACUUAAAUGCGUAUGUCCAAGCUUUACAUGGUCGAGAAGAACCUCUUGAAUACAUCAUCCGCGUGGGUGAGAGAGGAUGGGUGGAGCAAAUUAAUACAAGAAAGUACAUUGAGUUAUGUGGUUGUAAUAUCUAUACCAAUCAGAUUAUACUUCCGCAUGUUGAGGAGUUAUACAUUAAGGAGUGCAAUCUCAAUUGUAGCGAAGGGUAUCCUCUUUUCUCCAGGUUUAUUCUAAUCUCACUUAGCACAUUCUCCUCUCUUAAAUUUCUUGAUAUAUAUAAUUGUAAAAGCAUGAAAAAAUUGUUCUCUCCAAAUUGCUUGCCACUAAAUUUACAAGAGCUUAGCGUAUCGGAGUGUAACAAGCUAGAGGAAAUAAUAGCAAUAGAACUUGGAUGGAAUCAAAGUGGAAAGGCUACCAUGGAGUUUCAUCUACCACAAUUAAGGUUAUUUUCACUAGGGAAUCUACCAAAAUUGAAGAGCAUUUGCAGUGCUAAUGGAGUAAUCGUUUGUGAUUCACUUGAAAUAAUUGAGGUAAGAAAUUGUCCGAAAUUAAAAAGGAUGCCUCUUAAUCUUUCCCAACUUGAUAAUAUUAGACUUCAACCAUCUGGCCCUCUCUCUCCUCUUAUUUGGAUAAAGCCAGAAGAGUGGUGGGAAUCGGUGGAAUGGGAUCAGCCGAAUGUCAAAUGUAUUUUAGAGCCCUUGUUGAGGUCUUGCUGGUAGUGUUGAAUUUACAUUAACUCCAAUGAUUUUUUUUUUCAACAACUUCUAAUUGCUAUUUGUAUUCUAAAUUUUGUACAAGUGGAAUAGAAAUUCCUCACUCUGGAAUUGUGGAAAAACCAACUGAAACUUUUACCUGUUCAAAGUCGAAACAUGGUUAUAAUAUCUUUCAUGAAAACUAUUACGUGAAUUCAUGUUUCAAGUGGUGGAGCUUUAUAUAAAUUUAUGUUAUGGCAAAAAUAAGAAGAUAGGAGUGAGCCGUCCAAGAAUAUUCAAGAAAAUAACUCGAAAAACACCAUUGGAGCGACUUUAAAGCAUAUUUCCAUCAAGAUUGAAGAUUCCCAAUUGAUUUCUUAGGAAGUUAUGAUGGGUUUCUUUAGUUCUUUUGUUAUACUGUAUCUUGGAUGUUUUUACUUUUAAUUAUGAUCUAAUUUCUAAAUACUUAGGGGAGAUGAACCCUAUGAAGGAUUCUGUCGUUUGAUUUUUAUUUUAUGCAAUAAAUACUUAGUUUCUUGUUCUCAA